AUGUCCGAGCCCACGCAGCAUCGCGACCUAUCCGAGGCCCUGGCGCUAUCUGCGGAGCUCAUUUCGCACCUGCGCGCCCUCGAUGUUUCGCGCUUGAUGUAUCGCGCCGCCGUGAUCGACAAGCAGGUCCUGCGGUCUGCGAUCCCUAUGGAAGGAUGGGAGAUGGAAUCUGAAGCCGAAAUAGAUGGUGUCGAAGAGUCAGAAGGGGGUAGAGGGCAGAUGAAGGGAAAAGCACCGGCGAAGGGGAAGGGGAGGACACGGACCGAGUGGGCGCAGUUGGAUAUCAUGGGGUGGAGUCGAUAUCUCCAAGCUCUGGACAAACAGUACUUGGCGCUGGAGACUCAAAAGUCCCGAGCACACAGUAUCGAUCCCCGCGACUCCCCCCUCCCACCUGUUUCUUCCAGCUUCACACUCGCCAAAACCAUUCUGUCCGCUCCGACACCCAUCACAGGGAUCCGCGUAACGAUGAGCUCCGUCGCGCCCAAGAUCAACGGACAGACGUUUGAUCGGAAGAAACAAGCGAGCAAGUCAAAGGCGCAGGGACAGGCCAAGGCGCGCGCCGGAGGAGGAGAGGAGGAGGUCAUUGAUGUGAUAUGUAGGGGUGGAGCUGAGUGGAUCAAGCUGUGGACAAAGAAAGAGUCGCAGAUGUUGGCGGAGUUCAGGGAACAGGACUCGUAUGCUACCUCUGACUGGUCUGACUCGGAUCAGGAAGACAAUGCGGGAUCAUCCUCCACUCGACCUGCAACACCCGCCCUGUCCAAUUCCCUCCUCACUACCGCUCGAGCCUUACUCUCCCUCGCCGACUUAUCACCUCGUCCACCCGGUACUUCCCCUCCAUCCAUCACUAUUCGGCUCACCCGCCUCCACCCUUCGUCCGACGGCGCAACGGAUCCGCGGGUGAACGAGACGUUCAACGUCCUCCGCUCGCUAGAUAUCAAUCUUCUCUUCGGCGAUCUGUCCUCCUUACCCCUAUCCUCCCUUCCUCCGCCCAUUCCACCCCCAAAGGAACUCUUACCCAGCCUGAAGAUCAACAUCGACCCCACCGCCCUCGUCGGGAUAUGCGCAGACGCCCUACACCACGCUCUUCCGAGAGACAUGCACCAGGCGCGCCGUCGAUACUUCCGGCCCAGGCGGUACUUGCACCAAGCGGGUUCCGGGUCGGGGACGGCCACUCCCCUGGCCACUCCGGGCCUGGAAGGCGAAGCCCGCGAGGCUUGGCUGGACGGCUAUGAUGACGCGCGCCAGUCUCAGCACUCGCGAGAAUUGCUCAAAGAAGCGACGGACGAGGUGCGCGCGCCGCUCAUCGAAGAGCUACGGGAUACGCUCGAGCGUGCCAUUUUAGCGGACAAGAACGCGGGCGGGAACGGCGCAGUCGAGUUCUGGACAACCGAAGCGGCGCUAUUGCAUCUCAAGGAGGCGAUGAGUAACAAGGCGGUCGUGGGCGUGGGAAUGGAGCAGCAGCGCAUGCGGCGCCUGAUCGGGAUGGAGGAAGGCGACUUUUGGGAAGGAUCGAGAUAUGAGGGCCAAGAGGGGUGUUUGGCGGGGUUGAACCUUCGGAUCUUUCCGGAACGACCACCACUAUCAGGAUCGGACGAGCCGAUACGUAUGAGCCCAGACGGUCUACGCUCCCUCCAUCUUUCCACAGCAGCCACCGCCCGCCUUUUUCUCGCCGAACAAGCAGCCACAGUCGCCGACCCCUCUCUCCUCCAUACGAAGCACGCGGACCUGCCGACCUUCCUCCGCCCUGACAGGCUACCGGUACCGAAAGUAGCGGACCUGAGUGUCCCGCUCCCGAUUGUCAGUCUGGGCAGUAUGGCCCGAGGCGCGGAAGAAGGGAUGACGACGCUGAGUAUGGGGAAUGUCGUUUGGCGGGAAAUGUACGCGCAGGGGCGGUGGAAAGUGAGGGGGUGGACGCAGGGAAAUUGGGAAGUGGAGCGGGAGCGGCUCAGCCGGAAAGUCGAGAAAUUGGAGGAAGGAAGGGCGAGUGCGGAUGGAGGGGUAGGAGAAAAUGGCUGGAGAAUAGCAGGGACGGAAGCAGAGGGAGAAGGGAGCGCCGUGAUCUGGCUCAUGCCAUAUCGGAGUCUUGGGGAAGGGAAACGAGUUCGCUUUGAAGCGGGGGACUACUCGUUUCCUGUCCCAAAGUAA